GACGGCAGUGGCAAAUCCAGCGGGAAAUGUAUUCAGCUGACGAGGAGUCUUUUGUCCUUUAAGGAAACCGGCAGGGACACACUGAUCCGACUCAUGUUCCUGUGAGGUAAAGCAGUUUGGGCUGUUCGGAGGUUAAUCUCCACCGUCCUGUAGGUUUCCAGCAUGAUGGAGUUCGCUCAGAGUGGAGAACCACAGCGUGAAAACAGCAGCCCUCCUCCAGAGACAACAAAGAAAGAUUCAGUAGGGCUGUCGCUUUUUUAAAAAGUAAAGUUCGGACAAAGUUGAACUGUCACUUGAACCUUUCGUAUUAAUUCAACACAGUCUGUAAAUCAUUAUGCGUUAUCCUCUGGUUUCUGGGCCUCGGCCGCCUCACCUGGGCUGCAGCGGCAGGUCGAAGCCUGAAGAACUGACAAUGAGUGAUGCGGGCGAGGACAUCCGCUCCAGGCUGCGGCAGCUGCAGAGCCGCUUCACCUGGGAUCUGAAGAAGGAAGACUUGGAGCUGGACGACCUCAGCUGGCGGCUGCAGCACGAUAUAGACCUGGGGUUGGGACAACGGGGGGCAGUGGCCCAUGCCUACAGCUUCUUGGCUUACGUGAGGUAUCUUCAGGACCAGCUGGAGGAGGCGGAGUCACUCCUCAACCAAUCAGAGGAGAAAACCAGAGAGUGUUUUGGCGAGGAGAGCGAGCCGCGGCUCAUUGUGACGUAUGGAGACCUGGCCUGGCUGAAAUACCACAUCGGAGACGACGAACAGUCACAAGCCUACUGUCAGAGAGUCCACGACAUACUCGUGAAGUAUCCUGUUGAGUCCUCCACCGAUCUCAAUCCAGAGGUUUAUGGAGAGAAGGGCUGGACCUUCCUCAAGUUCUCCAUGUCCUACUACCUCAAAGCCAUCGACUGUUUCCGCAAAGCGCUGGAUCUGCAGCCUGACAACUGCGAGUGGAACAAUGGCUACGCUAUCGCCCUCUACCGCACAGAAAAGAACACUUCGGAAACAUAUCCAGAAGAGUCGCCGGCCACCAAACAGCUUCGUCGAGCCCUGGAGAUCAACCCUGAUGACGGCGUCCUGCUUUCCAUGCUGGCUCUGAAGCUGGUCAUAUACCAGAAACACAGAGAGGCUGAAGCCCUGAUGGAGAGAGCGCUGGAGGUCGGACCCGAUGACACUCAAGUCAUCCGCUACGUAGCCAAAUUCCUUCGCAAGCAGGAUCAGCUGGAUGAUUCGAUCGAACUGCUCCAGAGAGCGCUGAGGAGGGGCAGCCACUCGGCUUUCAUCCACCACCAGCUGGCUCUGUGCUACUUGAGGAAGAAGAGGAACCUGUUACCCAGAAAACCCCACCCCGAGAAAGAGGUGCAGCACUGGAGGCGUCUCAGCAUUUAUCACCUGGAGGAAGCCGUCAGGGUGAAGAGCUCCUUGAACCACGCCAAGGCUGCCCUGGCGCUGCAGUACGCCGAGGAGGAUGACAGAAGCAGGGCUCAGGAGAUGUUUAAUGAUGUGCUGCAAAAGUUAGCGGGGGAGAACGACAGCAUCUGUCAGUUUGUCUAUCGCUGCUACGCCGAGUUCUGCCACUACCACACCAUCCAGAAAGACCUCGCCAUCACCUACUACACCAAGGGCCUGGAGUUCAGCACCAGGACGUCGGAGGGGAGGCACUGCAUAAAAAAACUGAAGCAGAUCGCAGAGCGACGUCUCUCCAACAACCCCAGAGACGCCAGGGCCUACGGCAUUCUGGGAGCGUUGGCCAAAGCGGAGGGCGAGCGGACGAGGGCGGUGGAAUAUUACGAGAAAGCUCUGGAAAGUGACGGGAACAAUGACGAGUAUCUGUCGGCUUUGUGCGAGCUGCGUCUGGAGCUGGAGUGAAUCCCCACGAGGAUGAUCAAGGAUCCUGAGUGAAAGUACAAGUUUUACAGGCCACAGUGAUAACACUAUAAUCCAGCCUGUGAGUUACAGUGUAAUUUCCCUGUAUGAGUCAGGUCCCAGUGAAACACUGACUGGUUCCUCCUGGUUUGAGUGGGAGAAAACCAGACUGUGGAGAAACACGGGAAUCUCUGAGAAUUUCUGCAGACACUGGGCACCUGCAAGCCAAACCCAAGUUCGGACAAAAUGGCGUCAAGCAGACGUUGUCUGAUUAAAGAGUGAGAAGGGCAGAGCAGCCACACAUCAUAUUCCAGCCCACAGACUCUCUCUCUUUAAGUACAAACAAUUUAUGUCUCCUUUCCAGUAAAAUACCGAGCCGUUUUCUUCCACUGGACCAGUAGGACCCAGCCAGUGGUUUAUUGAUUGACCUGAUUCACACAAUGAAAUUACACAGGCUGGAGAAUGGUGCUGCCGGCGCUUUAAACGCAGCUUAUUGUACAUAAAUUCCCGUCAAUGCCGACUGUCUUACUGCACUGAACAUUUUUUGAUCAUUUGAAAUGCCUUCGUUCACCUCAGCUGUUUCCCAGCGACGCAGCUCAUUCGUGGUUUCUAUAAUUUACCCAAUGUCUCUGCACGUUGUUUCCCUUGAAAGGACAAAGUCUACAUAGCAACUAACGAUUGAAUAUUCCCAGUAUAGGGUAUUAUCAUGCUUCUACAGUAUUACAUGAGUGUUUCUGGGUACCUGUGGCUCUCUGUGCAUUGUUUGAUAUGCGACAGGAAGUUAGGAUCAAUGCUAAGUAAAACAUACCUGCUGCAUCGACAGUAUAUCUCUAUGUUUUAUGACAUUUCUCUUAUCUUUGCUGGCUUAUGUAAAAUGCUGCAUAAUUUCACAUCUUCAGUCAAAUAAAGUUGGUAGAGUUGGUCCAAGUGCUCGGAAGAAUAUGUGACCUUAUGAUUAGAUAACUUUAUUUUAAAGGGUCACAAGCCAACAGGGUGGGAACCACAUGGGGUGGAUUAAAGUACUUUCAAACAGCUGGAGACCGAUUGUGUCAAAAACUGUCCCCCUCCUCAGUCCUAACCGAGUCCAGCCUGAACACAGACAUGAAACACAUGUUGACAUGAUUCAGUGUGACCUUCACUUCCUGAGGACGUCGUGAUCGCUGAUGUCCCUCCAGAAUAAAAGCUCCAGAAAUCCACUGAGAAACCAGAGGAAAAAGAGGCUGCAGAACUUCAUUCAGCAGCUU